UUUUCUUUUACUUCUCCAAAUCGCUGUGUGCGGGUUUGACGUCAUCAGGGCUGCGACGUGGCUCUCUUCCGUCUUCUGUUGUUGUUCGGCUGAAGAAAGAAAAGUUCCCACUUAUGGAAGAAAAAUUUCAGAUGAAACGACUGAGACCUGCGUGACAGACUGCUGUAGAGAUGGAGUUUAUUAAAGAAGAGAGUGAAGACAUCAGUAUUACACAACCAUGCAGAAUAAAAAGUGAAGAUACUGAUGGACAAAGAGACCCGAUGGAGCUGAAGGAGGAAAGUCAAGAUCUGAAUGAAGGGGAGGAGAAACAAGAGUAUCAGGAACUUGAUGAUGUCAUUACUGGAAAACAAUCUUUUAGUUGCUCACAGACUGAAGAAACAAAAUCCAAUAAAUCUUUCACUUGUCCUCAGUGUGGGAAGAGUUUCAAAGAAAACAAAACCUUUAAGAGUCACAUGAGAAUUCACACUGGGGAGAAACCUUUCUCAUGCCUUCAGUGUGGAAAGAGUUUCAGACAAAGCAGAGGCCUUAUAGAUCACAGAGUAAUUCACUCUGAAGAGAGGCCUUUCAUAUGUCAUCAGUGUGGAAAGCGUUUCAAACGUAAAAAUCAUCUGGAUAUUCACAUGCUAACUCACUGUGAAGAGAAACCUUUCACAUGCCCUCAGUGUGGAAAGAGUUUCAGACGUAAAGGAGAUCUUGAACAACACACGAAAAUUCACUCUGGAGUGAAGCCUUUCGUAUGCUAUCAGUGUGGAAAGAGUUUCAGACAUAAAAACACCCUUGAUUAUCACACAGCAUCUCAUAUUAGAAAUAAGUCUUUCACAUGCCAUCUUUGUGGAAAGAGUUUUAAAUGUAAAGAUAGUCAGGAUUGUCACAUGAGAACUCACACUGGAGAGAAUCCUUACACAUGCUGUCAGUGUGAUAUAAGUUUCAAAUGCGAAGCAUACCUCCGUAGACACAUGAAAAUUCACACGAAAAUGAAGUCUUUCAUAUGCCCUCAGUGUGGAAGGACUUUCCAAAACAAAAAGAGCCUUGCUAACCACAUGGGAAUUCACACUGGAGAGAAGCCCUUCACAUGCCAUCACUGUGGAAAGAGUUUCAAAUUCAAAGGAAGCCUUAAGAACCACAUAGGAAUUCACACUGGAGAGAAGCAUUUUCACAUGCCAUCAGAAUUGGAAAUGGAAUCAGAAAGAGGUUUAUUGCCAAGUUUGCUCAUAGACUCAAAGAAUUUGUCUUUAAUGACAAAAUAGACUAAAUAGUCAUAAACAGAAUAAUAAUGUGAGUAAUGUAACAUUUUAAAGAAAUACAAUAACACAGAACAGGGUCACACAAGUGCAGAUAUGCUAUAUAAACACCAAGGCUCAACAAUAAGGAUGGCCUGCUGGCUUGGGGCAAGUGCAAGAGAGUUUUGGGCCAGUUAAUGGAACUGUCACUCGCCCUGUCCUGCCACUGCUAGAUUGUCACUAAAUUUUGGAUGUUUUUUAUGCCUUACAAAUAUAAACUUUUGGUUGUCUGUGAUGCUUUGAAAGUUGUUUGCAAAUUAUAAUUUAAAUAUGUCACAGAGAUGUGGUUUUUUGAAACUGAGAGAUUGGCUUGUGAUAGUUACGCGAGACUUAGCCUCAAUGGGUUGAAAAUUAUAAAGUAAAUUACGGUAUGUUAUCAUUUUCCAGCAAAGGUUUAUACAUUUUAAAUCUUGAUGUUAUAUAAAAACUGCAUACGCUUUCCAACUGCACAAGUAUGAUCUUUUUUAUCACGUUUUUAUCGCAAAUUUUAAAACUUUAUGAAUUGUUUUAAAUUGUUUCAUUUUUUGGUAUGCCUAUACAUGAAUGACCAUUAAAAUUCCCUUGAACUUUCGGAGAAUACGAUCAGAUUGGCCAUUGGGAGAGUCAGGACAUCUCAAGGUAGGAAAGCUCGAUUACACUUUCUACAGCGCCAUCUAGUGUUCUGCGCAUGCGUCAAGCACUAGAAAGUGUAAUUGAGCUUGAAAUCAUGAUCGUGCUUAAGAGACUGCAGUGGCACAUUGUACAUUGAAAAAGGAGUUAUAUUUUGGUUUGUUCUCACCCAAAACUGAUUAGAUCACUUCUGAAGACAUUGAUUUAACCACUGGAGUCUUAUGAAUAACUUGUAUGAAGCAUUUAUAUGAUGUUUUGACCUUCAGAGUUCAGGUCACCAUUCACUUGCAUUGUGAGGACCAACAGAGCUGAGAUAUUCUAAAAAUCUGAAUUUGUGUUCUGCAGAAGAAAGAAGGUCAUACACAUCUGGGAUGGCAUGAGGGUGAGUAUGAUGAGAGUAUUUUCAUUUUUGGGUGAACUAUCCCUUUAAUGAAGUUUAUCUUGUCUAUAAAUGUAUGGGGAAAAAAUAUUUCUUGUGUUGCCAAUCAAAAAGUUUUUUGUUUACUAAAUAAUUACAAAUUCUAGGUAAUGCUAUUAACCUAUUUUCCAUAGAGCUGCAUAAAGGUAAGCAUCCGAGAGUUAAUGUAACAAUUUGUAAUGCAUUGUCAGUUACAUAAGUCAGUGUGUCAUAGUGCACGAUGGAUCUGUUCUAUUUAUGUGCAACGUAGCUUAUGCAACCCAUAUAUGAAAAAAGAAAUAAUAAUACUCGGAAUAACAGAUAUAUAAAUGAACUAUAGUGAAACCUGUCUUCAGUAGGCUGCAAGAAUCCUAAAAUUCCCUGUAGCAUUUUGUCUCACAUUUUGUAACCCAACUUGUGUGGCCAUGUGGUUGAGAAUAAAAAACAAAACAAACAAACAAACAAAAAAAAAAAAACUGGAGAAAUAGUACUUGUACUUCACAUCAGGGGUGGACGCACAGGGGCCAGCGAUUAGUCUGUGGUGGCACAGAAAUUUUUGGGGAGUAUUUUCGUAAAAACUAAAUUGAGCCCAAGACAAAUGACCAAAAAGGCAAUUGCUAGCUCCACCACUGCUUCACAUACACAAAUUGUAUUCAUAUGCUUGAUAACAGCGUUCUGUGACACAUCAUUUCACACUAAUUGUUUGAACUCUGUACAUUCAUGACAUUAUUUUGGAAGUGGUUUGAAAAGUAAAAAAUGCAUAGGUAAAAUCUACAAGACACUGUUCAAACUGUGACUUUUAAACUAUGCAAAUGAGAUUCACAAAGGGAAAGAAGGGUGAGCCACACGUGUUCCAUUUUAGAUGUCAACAACAAAUCAGAACUUUGGAACAGAAACAAAUUAUACAUUUAACAGGGGGAGGCAUUCGGAACUCCAUCCUUUGGUGAAUAUUACAUUUAGUUUUUUAUUUAUUUUAUUAUAAUAAUUUUGUGAUUUUUAGAACACGCGUGUCUUUUAUUUAUCCAAGACUUUUAUUUUGCGUCUCCGCGGUGCGCGAUUGUGACGUCAUAAAGGAAUGCGCCUUGGAUUCUCUGGUUACUGUUCGGCUGGAAUAAGGUAUGCAGUGGUUCAAAGUUUUUACGAACGUGCUCCAAAACAUACAAAUGUAACAUAGAAACAACAUUUAUGAGAUAAUUUUGCCUCAGCACUAUGAAAUGACAGUAGAUUGUCUCUGAAUGUUACAAUAUGAUUUUGGCGUAUGAGUGUUAUUUUUCUGUGAUUAAAGUACAUCCACUUUGUAUUUCUUUUCUGGUCAUUGUUCAUCAUAAACGUGACAAAGUUUUUAGAUGAGGAGGAAAAUCUCCAGGUGAAACGACUGAGAUCUGUGAGACAAACUGCUGUAAAGAUGGAGUUUAUUAAAGAAGAGAGUGAAGACAUCAGUAUUACACAACCAUACACAAUAAAAAGUGAAGAUACGGAGGAAAAAAUAGACAUGGUGGAAGUGAAAGAGGAAAGUCUAGAGGAACUCAAUGAAGUGGAUGAACCUGAUGAUGUCGUAACUGGAGACAAUACUUUUAGUUCCUCACUGACUGGAAAUAAAAGACACAAUUCUCAAUUCACUCAAACAGUACCUCAAAAAAUAGAAACCAAAAAUGAUUUCACCUGCCUUGAGUGUGGAAAAAGUUUCAUUCAAAAAGGACACUUUACUAACCACAUGAUAAUUCACAGUGGAGAGAAGCCUUUCACAUGCCAAAAAUGUGGAAGGAUUUUCCAAUACCUGGGAAGACUCAAUAACCACAUGGAAAGUCACACUAGAUGGAAGCAUUUAAGAUGCCAUUACUGUGGAAGGAUUUUCCAAUACCUGGGAAGACUCAAUAACCACCUGGAAGUUCACUGUAGAGAGAAAUUUUUCACAUACCAUCAGUCCGGAAAAAGUUUCAGUUACAAUGAAGGUCUAAGUAACCAUAUGAAAAGUCACGCUGAAGAGAAUCCUUUCAAAUGCCAUCACUGUGAAAGGAGUUUCAAAUACAAAUCAAGCCUCAUUAACCACAUGAGAGUUCACACUGGAGAGAAGCCUUUUACAUGCCAUCAGUGUGGAAUGAGUUUCAAAUACAAAGAAACCCUUAGUAACCACAUGGGAAUUCACACCGGAGAGAGGCCUUUCACAUGCCAUAAGUGUGGAAGGAUUUUCAAAUACGAAGGAAGACUCAAUAACCACAUGGCAGUUCACUCUAGAGAAGCUUUUCACAUGCCAUUAGUGUAGGAGUUUCCAAGACAAAGAAGGCCUUAAAAACCGCAUGGGAAUUCCCACUGGAGCGAGGCAUUUUAACAUGACUUAAGUAUGGAAAGAGUUUCACCAUUAUGCAAACCUAAUUGCAUAAGAAUUCAAAUGGGAGAAAAGCCUUUCAUAAUUGGUGAGAGGUGAUUAAGUCAAGAACUCUUACUGUGUAGAUGAAAAUGAAUAGGGAAAAAAGGGUUACAUUUUGGUCACAGCAGCAAUAUUUAUGCAUUACACAAAUGAUCCUACUGUGCACUGACUGCUAUACAGACUGUAGGUAGCAUCCUUGAGCACAAAUGACAUAAAUCCUACAGAUGAACCUGAGCUCUUAAAAUAAUAGCCUGCUUCCAUUAAUAAUUCAGAAACAAUAGUAUACUGAAUUAUCCACUUUUAAGAAGUUACAUUGUUGUACAUUUUUCAUGCUUUAGAGAUUGUUCAUAAUUUACUGUUUUAGAGAAUUUUUAAGAUAUUGCAUUACAUAGCACAUUGUUACGUCCAUGCCAUAGUCACAACUUGAUUUUUGCCGUCUUACACGCAACAUUUUUUCAAGUUCACCUGUGCAUGCGUUUGCUUUAUUGUCUGUGCAGACGUAAGUUGUAUUACAUUUGUGCUGUCAUUGCAUUGUAUAUAGGCUAUUUGGAAGUGCACUCUUUUGUAAGUCAUUGAGCGCGUUUACAUGCACUUUCUUACACCGAUUAUGCAUAAUAAGCCGACAAUGCGUGUUGUCAUGUAAACGCAAUAAACGGCGUAAGCUCAUAAAUGCCGUAAGAAUAAACCAGUCGGCAAGUGUAUAUUUUUACCCAUUACGCCGAUUUCUUGUGGCAUGUAAACACCUUAACCCGCAUUCUUACCAGCUCAUCCAAUGUGCGCUCUUGUUGAGCGCGUGCCUCUUCACGGUUUGACGACAAAAACAGAAAAUAACGCGAUUAUUUCAAAUGUCAUGUAAAUGUGGAUUUCUUGCUUUGUCAGAUUUUUUUAAAUAAGCUGAUUUUAGAGAGUAAUCUGCGUUUUGGUGUGCAUGUAAACGUGCUCAGAGAGUAUAUUAUUAAUUGAUGUAAUUAUCAUUGAUAUUAGUAAUUACUCAUUUACUAAUAGCGAACAGAGAAUCCAAAUGAAUUUCUAUGUGUUUUGUUUUGUUUCACAAACAAAUUCUCAUGUAUGUGCAUGUUUUUACAUAACUGCACAAUAAAGCAUUUAAACUUA